GAUGGUGCUUUAAAGUUAGCGAACACGGUUGGUUAAGGAAGUUUUCUAACCUGCCACUAGUAAUGUCGGAUAUGUUACGACUCUACAGAUUACGAGCUCAGAAAAAGUACCUUUAUCCACGAUAUGAAGAGGUUUUAAUUCGAAAGUUUUAACCGGAAGUUGGUUUUAUUUUUUAUUUUACGUGAACUCGUGGGAUAAAAGUGAAGAGGAGGACGAUUCAGUGGAUUCUAAUCACAGUACUAGUAGCUAUGAACCAACAUUUCAAGGAUGCCGACUUGAAUAACACAGUGAAAAAGCCUGGGCAGCAAUAUUUGGAGAGGAGGAAGCAGGUUCUACCUCCAAAGGGAACUACCACAGGAACCAGUGAUGACUUUGCACAAAGACUUGUUUUGACUGGUGGGUCCAAAGAGUUGAAAUGCUACAACAGAGCUUUGCAUGAACUGUUCAAAGCAGUCGCCAAUCAUCCUGAACAUUGUAGUUUGCAUGGCAGUAAUAAGGACCUGAGUGCAGACUCCACAGUAGUCCCACUUCAGGAGUCUCAGGUGCUGUUUACAGAAACAGAUGUGACCUUGCCUUCCUAUCUGGAUGGUAGCUCUGGGUCCCAGGAAACUGAGAGUGACAGAGAGCUGCAGUGGGAUUUCCAGUUUCCCAACUCAUGUGACUCAUCUUCCUUUGCGCUAGUCAAGAUUUACCAUGAAAUGAUGACCAUACACAAACAGCUAAAGGCAGAGCGACAAAAUCAGCAGCAGCGGGAGAGAGAACUGCAUGAGAGAGAAAGGAGGCUAAAACGGCAAGAAGAGGUUUUGCUGAAGCUGGCUGGGAUGAAAGAGAUGGUCCACAGUCGCAUUGUGACUAUAGAGGAGAAACACCAGCAUGAACUGAGCCGACUGCAGGACCUUCUUCGAGAGAAAAACAAAGAAAACAAGAGGCUUAAAAGCAAUUUUGAGACAAUCAAGGAGCUCAAUGAUAACAUGAAGAAGCAGUUGAAUGAGACCAGUGAACGAAAUAAGAGGCUGGAGAGCCAAUCCAAGAGGGUGCAGGCUCGGCUUGAAAAUCUUCAGAGGAAAUAUGAGCACAAUUUAGCAACAAGAAGCUGCAACAAAGGGAGUAUUAAGAGUACCGAGUGUUUUAAACCAUGCAACAAGGAGAAAGCAACAGCUUCUGGAAGACCCAACAACAAGGGCAGCGUAACUCCCUCUCCACUGAAGUUCAUAGCCUUUCUGCUGGAGUGGGUGCUUGAUGUAACAGAAAACAAAGUGGAAGGUGUAGGCCGGUGUUCAGAGGUUCUGCUCAGCGAAAGAUGCCUCAAGGUGCUGCCGUUAUUAGCAGAGCAGCUUCAUCACACUCCUUUGUCAGAACCUAAGCUCCUCCUCAACCUGCUUCGCCUCAUUUACUCUGCUUUGAGACACUUGGACAACAGCAGGCAGCAUGUAGCACCAUCUGCUACUCUGGAAUGGAUAGGAGAGGAAGUGUCAAAGCCUGCAGAAGAUUCAGAUCACCCUAUGAAAUGCUCUGAAGCAGCUGGAAGUUGGCCCCUUUACCGAAGCCCUUGUCCUCAUACACGGAUCCUUUCUGUCCUCGUUAUCUUCAGCACCAUCACACAAGCUGAUGUGCUGUCCCAGGCACUUGAAAGUCUCUAUAGAGAACUGAUGAAUGAGGAGAGUCGAGGGCUGUUCAUCCACUAUGGAGGAGUGCAGAGGCUGCUUUCAGUGCUUCAGGGGAGUCGCACAGGGCUCAAUAUGCCUAUAGACAUUCUGAUGAAACUCAGUGAGGAGUCCUGCUACUUAAAUUCCUUUCUGGAUGCAUGUAGCUGUGAAGAGUUUUUCCAAACAGCUUCCUUGCUCCUUAAAAACCCUCAACUGGACCUCCCAUCUUUGGAGAAGUUCUCCAUCCUUCUGCAGAAGCUCUCCAACAUCAGGAAGAACCAUCAUCUGUUUGAACUUUCCUCCCUGCAUCUCCAAAUCGAAGAGCUGCAUCACAAAACCAAAAACACACACGCUUUCCUCUGCCUGAACCUUAGAUUGAUCCUCCACAACAUUAAAUAAUACAAUUCUCAUCAUGUUGGUCUGCAGAGACUUAUUCAAGAUGACAUCCCUUCUCCUUCACUAUUUCAACACUUUCCCUGGAUUCUGUUUGGUUUUUUUCUUCUUUUUGAAAGAUUUGCUUAAACUUCAAAAGUACAUGAAAACAGCAGCUCCACUCUGGUUUGCCUCAGAUUAUAACUGGAGACAUGCUUUCUUUAUUAGUAAUACAAUGAAGUGUUUGUAUUUUAUUUGUCAUAAGCACUUUGAUUUAAAGCUGUGUAUGUUUUAAGUCUCUGACCCAUAUUUUUCGUUUUCCAAAAUGCAAAUUGUUCUUUUUUUUGGAGAUCUUAAACCCAUUUUUCCAUAUAAAAGUGAGUGUCACUCUUGCCAAGAGAGGUUGUGACUGUAAAAUAGUUUAAUGGCAAUAAACAAAAAGAACUGAAUCAUAAGUUUAAGUUUGGAUGGCAAAUGAAGUACUGAACCCCCCCCCCCCACCCCCC